AUGAGAGGUAGCUAUUUAAUUGGUGAUAAAACCUUAGCUGCAUUGUAUGAUAUCGGAGCUUUGCAUUCAUUUAUUUCGUUUGCUAAAGUAGGGGAGUUAGGCUUGAAAGUGUCAGAAUUAGCAUUUGAAUUGCAUGUACAUACUCCAUAUCAGAUGGUUAUGACUAGGUUAGAUUGUAGACAAGUAGGUUUUAAGUUUGAGGGUAGAGACUUUGUACAUGACUUGAUUUGUUUACCAAUGGUUGGGUUGGAGAUGAUUUUGGAAUUUGAUUCGUUGUCGAAGAAUUGGGUUUUAUUAGAUUGCUUUGAGCGAUCAAUUCAGUUAAAGCUGGAAGGAGAAAAUGGAGCAGUAGUAGCUGAGGGUUAUUAUCUGAACUCUGUGAGGGUGCACUGUAGUAGGGAAGAGUGUCAGGGUUACAUACUGUUAGUUGCAAAUGCGUUAGGUGGUAAUCAGAAGCUAGAUCGAAUCUUGGUAGUUAGAGACUUUCUAGACAUGUUUUUGGAAGAUAUUUCUGAGUUUCCACCUCAAAGAAUGAUUGAAUUUGCGAUUGAAUUGGUGCCGAGAGCCGGACCAGUGUUGAUUGCGCCAUAUAGAAUAGCUCUGAUAGAGCUGGUUGAACUAAAGACUCAGUUGGAAGAGCUUCUGAAUAAGAGGUUCAUUUGA